AUGCCUCCAAAGCGAACGAGGGCGCGCGCUGCGGAGAGCCCUGCCAAUGAUGUGCCACGGGGGCAGCGGCAAGCGAGGGCUGAACCCGGCAGCGGCGUUUCCGAUCAACCCCCUGCACAACGCAGAAGGGUGGAAGAGGCAAGGACAAUACGGAGACAGCAAGUUGCCAGACAACCGCUGCCGGAUGGAUUCUACGACUCGGUGUUUAAUGCGAGGUGGAGCCACGUCUUGGGGUUUCCCGAAGGCGAAGGGGACGCGAUGGUGGUGCGAAUGGAGGUGCGUGAGGGCCAAUCACCAACACAGUUGUGGGACUACAGGCGGAAAGGCAUAACUUAUGCGCCGGUGGAAGAUGCGCGGCAAUUUAUUGCGCCGCGCCCCAGGCUGUUGGUGCUCUCAUCCGCGAAGGGGUGGCCCUGCUCCCUCAAGAAGCUAAUAGAAAUGACCGACUGCUACGUCAACUAUGAGGUGGAGCGGGUGUGGCGGGUCGUCCAGGGCGAUCUAGAGGGGGCGUUUGGCACUGACGACCUAAAAGGAUUUGACCUG